AUGUCAGAGGUCAGCAAACAAGGUGUAGAAUAUCAAGCUGGUUCUUCUCCCACUGACGACGCUAUCCAGACGACUGAGCCAAGCGCUAAUGCCUCCGAGGGCUCUAAUAUCAAGCAGGAGGUUGAGAAUGAGCACAACCAUGGAGAGCAAGCUGAAGGACGUCCGAAGGGAUGGAAACAAUACAUACAGCAAAUUAUCGGUGCUGGGAGAAAUCAGUUGGUACAAAUGACUGCACAGUCCAACUCCAGAGUUCCAAGCAAAUCUACUAAAAAUGCGGAAGAAAUUCGCAAACGUUCGGCUCCAGUUGGUAGCGAUAAUGGCGCUGUUCUUGUUCCUGUUCAGGCAAACAAGAAGACCAAGGUAGAAAAAAAGGAUCCUGCUCUUGCGGGCCAUUCUUCCUCGUGA